CGCAAAGUAAGAGGGGUGAAUCUAAAAGUGGAGAAUUUUAAGGAGAUUUGUAACAGUCGAGAAAUUAGUUUGUGCCAUUAUGUGGAAGGCUUUGCUGGGUUUAACUCCUAUCCUUCGCCUCUCCCUUUAGACUCGGACCCUCUCUCUCUCUCUCUCUCUCUGUGAAAGGUAACAGAACAGAGUAGAAAACCAUCUUCACUAUCUCUGUUUCAGUUUUUCCCGUAUUCUUUCCUUCGUCUGUUCCUCUUCUGUAGUUUCUCUCAAUGUAUCUUCAAGUUCUGAGGUUGCCCAAAUAAUAUUAAGCACUAUUACAUGGCAUGCAUGAAGUUGGGCUCCAAGUCUGAAAUCUUUCAUCGUGAGAACCAGAACUGGCAUCCCCAGGUUUGCUUCAGAGACGGGCAUUAGCUUCAAUUCUAGCUUAUCCACCCGAAGAAUUUUAUUUAGGCAAAGUGUGAUGUUUCGAUCAAUGGGAACACAAGGUUUUGUACAACUGGUCUUCCAAGUGAUGUUGUCAUUGAAGUUGGGGAAAUGUCCUUUCAUCUUCAUAAGUUUCCAUUGCUUUCCAGGAGUGGGGUACUAGAGAAGCUGAUUGGAGAUCUCUCUGGUGAGGGUGGACAAAACUGUGUUUUGCAGCUUAAUGACAUUCCUGGUGGACCCAAGGUUUUUGAGCUCAUAGCCAAGUUUUGUUAUGGAGUUAAAAUAGAACUAACUGCAUUGAAUGUAGUGAGUCUUAGGUGUGCUGCAGAGCACCUUCAGAUGAGUGAAGACUAUGGAGAAGGGAAUCUCAUCUCGCAUACAGAAAAUUUCCUCAAUGAAGUCUUCGGAAAUUGGAUAGAUUCAAUCAAACUUCUUGAAACAUGUGAAGAGGUCCUCCCGCAUGCUGAAGAGCUCCAUAUUGUCUCCAGAUGCAUUAAUUCCUUGGCAAUGAAAGCUUGUGCCGACCCCAACUUAUUUGGUUGGCCUGUGUCAGGGUGCUAUAAAAUGCAGAAUGCAGGGGAUACUGUCUUAUGGAAUGGAAUAUGCACUGAAGCUAAGCCAUGUACGGUGAGUGAGGAUUGGUGGUACGAGGAUGUGUCAUCCCUUAGUUUACCUUUAUAUAAAAGAUUAAUUCUUGCUGUUGAAUCUAAAGGCAUGAAGCCCGAGAACAUUUCGGGGUCUCUCAUGUUCUAUUCAAGGAGGUGUCUUCCUCUUGGCAGGCAUUCAAAUUCCUCUGAGAAUGUGAACCGGGUUAUUCCUGGCUCCACAAUUUCUGUCCCUUCUGAGGUAAAUCAACGGGUUCUUCUCGAAGAGAUUGUGGGUUUACUGCCCAAUCAGAAGGGAGUCACACCAACCAAGUUCUUACUUGGGUUGCUCCGCACUGCAAUGAUUUUACAUGCAAGCCCCUCUUGUCGAGAGAUAUUGGAGAAAAAAGUGGGUGCCCAGUUGGACCAAGCUGCAUUGGAAGAUCUUCUUAUACCAAAUAUGGGCUACUCAGUGGAAACACUUUAUGACAUUGACUGUGUCCAGCGGAUUCUUGAUCACUAUAUGUUGGUGGACCAGGCAACAGCUGGGUCUUCUUCUCCUUGUGUAGUUGAUGAGGGGCAGUUGAUGGAUGGGUGCCCUUCACUGACCCCAAUGACAAUGGUGGCCAAGCUAGUGGAUGAGUAUCUUGCAGAGGUGUCAUCUGAUGUUAACUUGAAGCUCCCAAAAUUUCAGUCGCUUGCAGCUGUGAUCCCUGACUAUGCCAGGCCACUUGAUGAUGGCAUCUACAGAGCAAUCGAUAUAUACCUCAAGUCACAUCCCUGGCUCACUGACUCUGAGAGGGAGCAGAUCUGCAGGCUCAUGAACUGCCAGAAACUAUCGUUGGAGGCCUCCACCCAUGCUGCCCAGAAUGAGAGGCUACCUCUCCGAGUAAUUGUUCAAGUCCUCUUCUUUGAACAACUUCGGCUCCGCACAUCAAUAGCUGGAUGGUUCUUUGUUUCGGACAACCUUGAGAACUCGCAAAACACGCAUGAGAAUCUAGCACUUGCAAGGAACAAUGGGUCCAACCAAGUUGAUCCUUCUAUCAGCAUUGAUGAGAUGAGGUUGCGGGUUUCGGAGCUGGAGAAGGAGUGCUCUAGCAUGAAACAAGAGAUAGAGAAGCUUGGCAAGGCAAAGAGUGCUUGGAACAUCUUUUCAAAAAAGUUGGGGUUCAAGCAAAAAUCACAGGCCUGCAACCCAAAAGUGUCAAAACCCUGCAGUUCUAAACCACCCUCACCCCCACAAUUACCUAUGAAUGAACAACAAAAUCACAUAAAUGGUGAUUUGUCUAAUUGAAUUUUCAGAGCUUAGACUAACCAAAAAGCGUAUUGAUUCACUACUCUCUCUCUCUGCGUGUGUCGGAAACUAGUUAGUUCUGAUGUUUUUCUUUCCCGGUUUGUGGCUUAGUUAUCGUUAAAAAUCUGUGUAACUAUGCUAGAAA